CCAGCCUGCGUGCCCAACGUAAUUACGUCAGAGGCGCGAAGGCCAAAAACACCUAUGGGAUGUCGCAAACUUCGAUUACCUACCUCAUACCUGCCUACCUACCUACCUACCUACCAUACAUGUAGGUAUGUAGUAGAUACCCAGUAAUCUCUAACACAAUUCGUGUUUUUCGUACUUUGCGCCAUCCAUUUUGCCAAAGGUCUCGUUGUAUCUUGCCGAGAGAGACUAUCUAUCCGUCUACGCAUCUACUACCGUCGCAUUCCCUAUUCUCUCUGCUUCAUUCAUUCAACUUUGCGACUAUGGAAAUUCUAGGCAUGAAAGUGGGCUAUCUGCUCUUUUCGGUUCUUCAUUUUGCUCAAUUCGUCUUGGCAAUCACCGUCUGUGGCUUAUAUGGUGUUGACUUGCAGCGCGCGCGUUCCCAUGGCAAAUAUAUGGAUGGGAAAUGGGUUUAUGCGGAAGUUGUCGGGGGUCUUGCGGCACUGACGGCGGUUCUUUACCUAGUACCGUUUAUCUUGCGAUUCGCUGUUGUGACGAUAUGGAACUUCGUCAUUUUUGUCCUUUGGAUCGCGCUCUUCGGCUUAUUUGGAAAUAUGUAUAUCCACGAGAACCCAGAAGGGAAUCAAGAUAUCCAACGGAUGAAAAGCGCUGUCUGGGUCGACUUGGCAAACGGACUCCUCUGGUUGAUUGGGUUCGUUGCGAGUAUUGCUUAUUGGUGGGCUCACCGUGACCGACGUAGUCGAUUCACCGGCCGCGCAAGACUUGGUCGCAACGCCUCAGCUCGCUCAACCGCUUGGCCAACAUAGUCUCCCUGAUGUAGCCUUGGCGUAUGGGGAACAUAUUGUAUUGAAGAACGAUAUUAGUAGAAAGUUUAGAUCGGCUGGAGAUUAUGAUGAUUAAGGCGACGAAAUAGAUUUUUGGCAUUGGAAGUAUGCGCAAUACUUUCUAAGCACGGCUUCUAUCCAGGAUUUAAUAAUCAUGGCGAUAUGAAGUAAUGCUAAAUGAGAAAUAUAAGGUCGACUUAUGACCACGACUUACCAUAGAGCACGUUUUUAUUAAAAUGACGUUUAA